CUCAAAUAAUUCAUUCACAGAAAAUUCAUCUCUCUCUCUCACAUCUAAAAUUGUGACGGCGAUAAUACAACACUCACUGGUAACACAACUCCCUCCCUCCCUCACUGACUAAAGAUGAUUGGGAAACAAGCAACAGCUGUUCUGUAUUCACUACUUAAAGAUGGCGAGAAAAGGCCCGUUGAGGAGAUCAUAACUGAUUACUCAUCAAAGAUUCCGCGCUCUCUGCAUCUUGAAAUCUGCUCUGCACUUGUCAUUCUCUUGGAAGACACACCAAAGUUUCUAAAAUCCAGUGAGCGUUUGGUUGCAUUUGCCUUGCUUCAUCACACAUAUUCCUCCCUGCAAUCAUCCACUAAUCCAUACCUUUCGUUGCUUAUAAAUGCCGCAUGUGAUGAAAAAACUGAAAGUUCAGAGCGAGCUUUCAUCCUUAAUCUGCUAGGGUCCAGCACCUCUCCUGGUGGUACUGAAGAGGUUUUGAAAUUAUCAGCUGCAGAUUACAUCAAGAAGUUUGAUCCCUCAUCUCACAGUUUCCCACCACUCGAGCAGCUAAACCAGCAGUACCAUGCGAAAACUCAUCCUGAUCCGUUCAAUUGUUUCUUCAAAAAUGUUGCAAUAAAAAACAUCAUACCCGAUCCAGAGGUUCCCCGUGGCUGCGAUGUCAAUUCCCCUGAGUUUGACUUGCAGCCAGGAGUGAAGCCCAGGAUUGGAACAGGUGACAGAGAUGAGGCAGUGAUGACCCUACUACAGACUUCAUCAUUGGAAGGUCUUUAUCCUCGUUGGACUAGACCCCAUCCACCUCGACUCCCAAUUCUAGAAGGAGAAUUAGUAUGGGUUAACCCCGACAACACACAUGAACCACUUUGGGAUUUGGGGAUGUGUGCCGACACCAGCCGUGGUGCAGCUGUGCGUGAUCUAAUUGUGAAGGCAUUGAAAGGCCCACUUGCUCCAGCUCAACAAGAACAAGUUCUAGUCGAGUUAACAUCUGACCCGAAACUUGUAUAUCACUGUGGAUUAACUCCAAGAAAACUACCUGAAUUGGUGGAGAAUAAUCCACUCAUAGCUGUAGAAGUUUUGAUUAAACUGAUGAAUUCACCUGAAAUCACCGACUACUUCACGGUUCUUGUGAACAUGGACAUGAGUCUUCAUUCAAUGGAAGUCGUGAACCGGUUAACCACAGCUGUUGAGUUACCAACCGAGUUUGUGCAUAUGUACAUAACCAACUGUAUAUCUUCUUGCGAGAAUAUCAAGGACAAGUACAUGCAGAAUCGGUUGGUGAGGCUCGUGUGUGUUUUCUUGCAGAGUUUGAUCAGAAACAAGAUAAUCAAUGUUCAAGAUCUUUUUAUUGAAGUUCAGGCAUUUUGUAUCGAGUUUUCGCGGAUCCGUGAAGCAGCAGGUUUGUUUAGGCUACUUAAAACCUUGGAAUGAUUAAUGUUUUGUUCUAGGUUUGCUCUUUUUCUUCAUCUAACGAUUUCCUUUUUGUAGUUUUACGUAAAAGUUUGUAUUGGAAAAAUGGAUAUUUAGGGGUGGGAUUCGAUAUAGUAUAUUGUUAUCUUGUUCCAGAAUCUUGAAAUUAAAAUUGAAUAUAUAAAAACUAGUGUAGUUAAUAAUUCAAGGAAGUAGUUGGAUAACAGAGCAACUUGUUGAUACUUGAUACGAAGUGUUUCUAUGUGAUUGUUGAGGAUUGAGCUGGUAUCACCGGCCUUUUGGAGGGAGCGAAUUGCAUUAUUGUUCACAACCUAAAUGCCGCCAGUGCAUUGAAACUUUGGAAGGUUGUCAUACCCAUAUGAUGAAGACAUUCUUGUGUA